UUCAUAACCAUCUUGAAUCUCUCGAACUAUUCAGCUGUCCCCAGUCGAUCAUCUCCAGCCCGAUCCAUUUAUCUUCGUUCAAUACACUAUCACAAGCACAGAUCCAGACCAAGAAAAAGAAAAAGCAUCAUGGCCAAGUCACAGAAUAUGGCCCCGCACACAGCGGCAUUUUUCCCCAAACUCUACCUCAAGAACCAAAUGUGCACCGACACAGUCUGGCCAUCAAAGGACACCAAUCUUUCCGGCAAGGUGGCGGUCAUCACCGGCUCAAAUCAAGGCCUUGGGUUCGAAGCAGCAAAACAACUCCUCGCACUUGGUCUCUCGCGAUUGAUUUUGGCUGUGCGAUCCCUAGCCAAAGGCGAGGAAGCCGCGCGGAAACUUCGAUCCGAAUACCCCAAAGCGGUGCUCGAUGUAUACAUCGUGGACAUGUCCUCCUACGACUCCAUUCAAGCCUUCGCAACCAAAGUCCAUCAACUUGAUCGGAUCGAUAUCGUCAUCUUGAACGCUGGUAUCAUGCCGAGUGUAUUCAAGCUCGUAGAGGGCACGCGCCACGAAGAAACAUUUCAAGUAAAUUACCUGUCCACGGUGUUCCUCUGUGUCUUGUUACUGCCGACGCUCAAAGCAAAGGCAGUAGGUGGACCGGGUCGCAUGACGAUAGUCUGUUCAGGACUGGCGUAUGCUGCGCAAUUCAGCAGCCGCAAGGCCACACCUGUACUCCCAACUCUGGACUUGGAGAAGAACUUCGGGUCCGACACGUACAACACCUCGAAACUGCUUCUGAUGAUGUUCUUACUCAAGAUGCAUGAAUACGUAUCCGCGGAUGAUGUUGUGGUGAAUCUCGUUGAUCCGGGCUAUGUCAAGGGAACGAAUCUGCAAACCAAUUCCUCGCUUGCUGUGCGACUGGCCACCAAGCUUGUGGAUUUCACGGGGAGGACAUUGGAUGUUGGCGCUUCGACGUACGUGGACGCGGCUGUGACUCAAGGGAAAGAUUCGCAUGGGAGCUAUGUUAUGGGGUGGAAGAUCAACCCAUUUGCCAGUAUGAUGUACACUCCGGAGGGUAAAGAGACGACGGAGAAGGUGUGGAACGAGACGUUGAAGGAGCUUAGUUUUGCGAACCCACUGGAGAUUUUACAGAGUUUGAAGACUGAACAAAAGAUUUGA